AUGGAAUUGAGGGCUGGGGCAUACAGAGGGCACGCGCAAGAAGUGCAAGCUACUCUACUAGAAAGAGAACAGGAAACUAGGACAACAUCAGGACAUACUCCGUUAGCAGAAUACGAUGCGCGGGUGGAGAGUGGCCGUCUUAGAAACGACGAGCACCAGCGCGGACUCAUCCAGUACCUCGACGACCUUCAUAUUAUGCUGUCACGUUACGAGCAACCGCCUGUACAACCGCCAGCAAUAGAAGACCUGAAGCCCAAGAAGAGUUUCUUUUCAUUCUUCUCGUCCGCGGAAGCUUCAAAACCCCCGCUCUCUCCGAUUCCAGACUCUUUACCUAAAGGAUUAUACAUGUACGGCGAUGUUGGCUCUGGAAAAACAAUGCUCAUGGAUCUCUUUUACGACACCCUUCCACCUAAUAUUACGAAGAAGACGCGUAUCCACUUCCACGCCUUCAUGCAAAGCGUGCACAAAAACCUCCACAAAAUGAAGAUGCAACAUGGCAACGAAGUCGACGCCAUCCCCUACGUAGCCGCCGGCAUCGCCGAGCGUAGCAGCGUACUCUGCUUCGACGAGUUCCAAUGCACCGACGUCGCAGACGCCAUGAUCCUGCGACGGCUUAUAGAAUCUCUAAUGGCCCACGGCACCGUUAUCGUCACCACCUCCAACCGGCACCCAGACGACCUCUACAAGAACGGCAUUCAGCGCGAAUCAUUUAUUCCCGCCAUCAACCUCCUCAAGACAAAACUCUCAGUCAUUAAUCUUGAUUCGCAAACAGAUUAUAGGAAGAUCCCAAGGCCGCCGUCGGGCGUGUAUCAUCAUCCGCUCGAUGAAGCUGCGAAGAGCCAUGCUGAGCGGUGGUUCAAGUUCCUGGGUGAUCCGGAGAACGAUCCGCCGCACAAAGCCAUCCACCAUGUCUGGGGACGUGAGAUUGAAGUCCCGAAAGCCAGUGGACGAUGCGCGUGGUUCAGCUUCAAUGAGAUUAUAGGACGGGCGACGGGCGCGGCGGAUUACCUAGAACUCAUGCGAAAUUACGACGCUUUCGUCAUCACAGACGUGCCGGGGAUGAAUCAUAGGAGUCGGGAUUUGGCGAGAAGAUUUAUUACGUUCAUUGAUGCUAUUUACGAAAGCCGCGCCAAACUCGUAAUGACCACCGCUGUCCCUCUAACUUCCCUCUUCCUCUCCGCCUCCGAACUCCAAGACGCCAUGGCCACCGACCACCCCCAGGGUACCCCUCGCUCUGCCGAUGACGGCGCAGAUGUCUCCGACGUGAUGCGAAGCCUGAUGGAUGACCUCGGGAUGAACAUGAGCAUGUUGAAGAACAGCAACCUUUUCACUGGCGAUGAAGAGAGGUUUGCGUUUGCACGCGCGCUGUCACGGCUGAGUGAGAUGGGAAGUGUGGAGUGGGUCGAGAGGGGCUGGGGAUGGAGGGGAAGGAGGAAAGGGAGAGAAAGAUGGGUGGCAAAGAGUUAA